AUGCACUAUACACACAUUACACCGGGACAACGCCCAUUGGGUGCUCUCAUUGAUAGCACUUUGCAAAUCUACUCCCUCAAACUCGCAGAAAUAGAAGAUGGUUCUGGCUUGAAGUGGCCACUGGAAGUGUACGGCAUGGUUGCUGCAAGAGACAGCGUGGAUCACAAUCGCAACAUUCUCUUCUCCCGUCGAAGGAGUAACUGCCAAAUACUCACUCAAGAGGAUCCUUUUUUGCGCCUGACUGGCCCGUCUCGUGCAAUUGUGAGUCGGGAACCUCUUAAUGUGGAAAUCGAGUUGAAAGUGAAGUGCGCAACCAAGUCUGAAGAUAAACCAUUGAUGAGUUUUUUCUGUUAUUACAGCGGUAGUCAUUGUGGGAUAUGUACUCUAUAUAUCCCUCUCGAAGGAGACUUUUGCACAAUGGAGUUAAGCUCAGAGGAAGUUUAUGAAUCAGUACAGGCAACUGCCGUGGGUAUCCGUGUCUGUGUUCCUGAAGAGACGCCAAGUAUUUUUAAAAAUGGCGGCCGAGUUGUUUGCUCCUCUCUGCCUCGGAGAAGAGCCAAAUUGCCUAAUCCUGAACACAGGACCGGCCCCUCGUUUUGGCAAGUUGUGCUUCAAGAUGGAGCAAUGACAAGUUGUUCACAGGGUUACCUUGAUCUGUCAAGGCAUGUUGUCUUUGUAAAAUUGUGUGGAAUGCUUGAAGUUCUCAUAGAGGCCAACUCGCGAUCUGGGGCUAUGGCUGCUCAGGUAUCCAUCCAGGCCAUAGAUUGCAAUAUAACUCAGAAUGAGUGUCAACUUGGCGACUCUAAGCUGGAGAUCACUGUUGCUUGGUCCCGUCUUGUUUGGGACAAGCUGUGGAUCACGAGGGGGGCAAAUGAGGAACUUUGA